GGUCCCACCCCCUUUGCUAGGCGGGUUUCCUUUCGGGAGGUGAAGGCGGAAGAUGAGAGGAGCCUGUUGCUACCUAAGGCCCCCAGAGCAGGCAAGCGGCUUUCUUCAGCGCCUGGCCCAGGCCCCUGGCUCUCGCUCGCUGGAGACGUCGGGUGGCCUGAGAAGCACCCAGGAGCCUGGGAUCUGCCGCCGCCCCCCAGACACAGUCUGGAGCCCUGCGGCUCCUGCGUCAAGUACCUGGCCGCCUUCUGGAACCUCGUCUUCUCCGGGCUGGGUUUGCUGCUCCUGGCCUUUGGGGUCUGGGGGCUGCUGGACAAGGAGUCCCUGGGGAGUGAGCGUGUGGCCCACCUGGGCUCGGACCCCAUGCUCUUCUGCGUCCUGCUGGGUCUGGCCGUCAGCACCGUCUCCCUGGCAGGCUGCCUGGGAGCCCUGUGCGAGAACCCCUGCCUGCUCAAGUUCUUCACCGGGGGGGUGGUCGCCUUCGUCCUCCUGGAGACGCUGGGCGGGCUGGUCUUGUAUUCGCAGAGACACCAGGUCCGGGGCUCCCUGCUGCUGGCUGUGCAACGGUACCAGGACGACCCCGACCUGAGAUUCCUCAUGGACGAGCUUCAGGCGGGCUUGCAGUGCUGCGGCGUGGAGACCUACCGGGACUGGGCCAGGAACCUACAAGCCGGCGGCGUCCCCGCCUCCUGCUGCCUGCAUCCCCGGGAGAACGGCACCAUCCCCAGCUCCCAGUGCGGCUUCGGCGCCCUGGGCCUGCAGGAGUUCGAGGCCCAAAGCCUCGUCUACCUGGGGGGCUGCCUGCCUGAGCUGAGCCGCUGGCUGCGUGGUCACCAGGGCGCGCUGAGCGCCUGCGUCGUGCUGCUCGUCCUGCUGGAAGUGGGAAGUUUGCUGCUGGUGCCCCAGCUGCUGGCGGAGGGGCGUGGUGACUCACCGGGCGCAGCUGGAGGCCAGGGCCGGGUCCCGGGGCUGGUGUGA